AUAAAAAAUUAAAAUAACAAAAAAUUAAAUAAAAAAAAAAUUCAGAUAUAUAAAAAUUUAAAAUGGGUAAAACAAAAUAUUCAAGAGAACCUGCAGUACCUACCAAAGCAGUAAAAGCUUCUGCAAAAGAUUUAAGAAUCCAUUUCAAGAACACUUAUGAAGUAGUUAAUGCGAUCAAAGGCAUGAACUUAAGUUUCGCUUAAAGAUAUCUUAAAGAUGUUUUGGAUCGUAAAAGAUGUGUUCCUUUUGUAAGAUUUACUGGAUGUAUCGGUAGAACUGCUUAAGCUAAGGAAUUCGGAAGAACUUAAGGAAGAUGGCCUGUUAAAUCCGUAAAAGUUAUUCUCGGAUUAUUAGAUAAUCUUUCUGCAAACGCAUCUGCAAAGAACCUAAACAGUUCCAAUUUGGUCUUAGCUCAUGGAUAAGUAAAUAAAGCUUAAAAGGGAAGAAGAAGAACUUAUAGAGCUCACGGAAGAAUCGGACCUUAUUUAAAUUCUGGAUGCCAUGUUGAAAUUUUCGCAGUAGAAAAAGCUGCAUAAGUUAAAAAAGAAGCCAAAAAAGAAGCAACUAAAAAAUUAACAAGAAAAUAAUAAUAAAAAACUAAACUUGCAAUUGGAAAUUGAUUAUAUUUGCUUUUUUUAUUAAACAAUAUAAAUUUUUAUGUGUUUUUUUAUUUUUUCUGUAAUUUUAUUUUUUAGAAAUAUAUUCUUAUUUAAACUUAGAUUAAAAACAAUCAGU